CGUUCUAGAACAAGACAUCAAGUGAAAUGUUUUUGUAGUAAAUGUAAAGAAAUUUAUGUUGACCUAAGAACUAAAAACAAACAUUCAAUAAACGCCACAAACACAUCCAUUUCGUUACAAGAUGAAAAUAAUCUGAUAAUUGAAUCAUCACGAUACUCAUUUAUUAAUAAAGAAUUUUUCAUCGAAUAUCAAGAAGAUGUGUCGCAAUUGGAUAAUUUAGUAAUACUUUCUUCGAAAAUGAGAAAACGGAAUAGAAAAAACACUCUUUUGGAAUACGACAAAAUAAAUCAAGAAGUUUUUAGUAGUAACGAAGAUGACCAUAAAGAAAUUAAUAAUGAUAUUGAUAAUAUCAAUAAUUAUACGAAUUACUCUCCUCCAAAUUAUGAUUUUCCAGAAAAUUUUAAUGAUUUGCAAAAUAUUGACGAAGAUUGGAUUAUCGUAUUUAUUUUAAGAUUUCAAACUAGAUUUCGUUUACCAGAUAUUGCAAUUGAUACGUUAAUUAAAUUUGUUAAACAUGUUUUAACAGAAUUAGAUCAUGAACGGUUUAAAAAUUUUUCUACUUCUUUGUAUACUACAAGAAAGAAAUUGGGAUUGAAGCAUCAAUUCGUCACUUUCUCUGUAUGCUCUUCGUAUCAUAAGUUACAAAAUAUAGAUGAUGUUGAACAAUAUACAAUUCGUGAGCAGAAAGUAAUAAAAAAAUGUGAUCAUAUACAAUUUCCAAAUAAUCACCAUCAUUCUCUUCAAAAAUGUGAUACUCCUUUAUCAGAACAAAAAGAACUAGGAGGUAAUAAGAUUGUUAAUUCACCAUUAUUGAUUUAUCCAAUGGCCA